GAUUUGAUGAGUCACAUGACCAGAAAAGUUCAAACAAAAUAGAAGACCAAAGUUCCCACUCAAUUGAGCUGUUUUAUCAGUAACUAUCAAGUGGACAAUGAGGUUGUUGCUGUUAGCUGUUACACUGGCUUAUGCCCAUGGGGCUAUAGUUGGUGUAGACCAGUGUGCAUGGGGACCCUCCUACUGGUGCAGUCACAUCAGCCAUGCAAAGGCAUGUGGGGCAGUGAAACAUUGUACAGACACUGUAUGGAGGAACACGAUCCAACCUAAAGCGGAUGGCGAAGUAUGCCAGAUGUGUGAAGCUCUACUCAAGGAUGUUGAUGAUAUGUUGCAGAACCAGGAAGACCAGAAGAUCAUCAUAGCCUAUAUGCAGAAAGCCUGUGCUGUCAUCCCAGUCAAGUCUCUGGCUGAUGAGUGUGACACUACUGUGACCACUUACUUCCCAGAGAUUGCUGGUAUGUUGGCUGAGGCCAUAGACCCUGUGGCAAUAUGUGGUGCCAUGAAUCUCUGCCCUACUCUGCAAAAUACUGUAGUAGUAGAUAAAACAAAACCCAUCUCUAAGAAACCCACUGCUGAUGUUCAAACAACAGACUGUGCUGAUUGUAAGAAGUUCCUUGGAGACGUACAGGCAAAGAUCACAUCAAAUGAAACUAAAGAGGAAAUUAAGAACUACAUUGACCAGGCACUUUGUCAGAAUAUGGGAGCCCUGGAGACACUGUGUGACCAAGUGAUUGAAAAAUACUUAGACCAGGUCCUAGAACUAUUGGCUAGUGAAGUGGACCCUGCUCUUAUUUGUAAUGCUAUUGGAUUCUGCCCAGCUGUGACCAAACAAAGCUUGAUAAAGGCAUUAUUGAUGAAAACACCACUACAUAAAUCCCUCAAGGCAGCCCCUAGUGAGUAUUGUUUGCUGUGCCACACAGUCUUUGAGUACCUACAGGUCAUGGAAAGAUCAAAGGCAACUCAGGAAGAAAUUGAACAGUUCAUUGAGACAUCACUUUGUAGCAAGCUAGGGCAGUAUGCCGCAGAGUGCAACCAGACAGUUGAGCAGUAUGCCCCAUUGUUGUUUGAACUGAUCAGCAGUGAAUUGGAUCCUAAUGAAAUCUGCAAGAUGAUUGGGUUCUGUCAAACAUCCAAGAUGACCGUACCAUUGAUGCUCGGAGGGGAAGUGAAACCAGUUUCCAUUACCCGUAUGACGCAAAAGCCCAAACAAGUGAAGGUGAAAUCCUCUACAACCUGCGUGAUGUGUGAAUUUGUCUUGAGAGAAGUUGACAGCCUUCUCAAGAAGAAUGCCUCAGAGCAAGAGAUCGUUGCUGCUCUUGACAAAGUUUGCCGUAUCUUACCCAGCACCAUCAGUGAUGAAUGCAAGGACUUUGUCGAUCAAUAUGGACCUGCUGUAAUCGAUCUACUGGCCCAGGAGCUGGACCCUUCAAUGGUGUGUUCUACAAUAGGAUUAUGCUCUUCGUCAAAGAAACUUCAGAUGCCUUCAGUAAAGUCCAGUGAACUGUGUGGUAUUUGUGAGACUGUUGUACAGUAUGUUGACAGCCUGUUGGAAGAGAAUGCCACUGUAACGGAGAUUGAAGCUGUGCUUGAAAAAGUCUGUAACUUCCUACCUGGAUCACUGAAGUCUGAGUGUGACGAUCUUGUUAAACAGUAUGGUCCAUUGAUCAUUAGUCUUCUCCAACAAGAGAUUGAUCCACCAAAAAUAUGCGGGGAACUUGGUUUGUGCAACAACACUGUCUCACAGAAAUUGCAGAAAGUUAACCAACCACUGUUAGGGGUCGACGAGUGCACAUAUGGGCCAGUGUUCUGGUGCAAGGAUAUGAAUACAGCUAAACAAUGCAAUGCUGUGGCACAUUGUAGCAGACACGUGUGGAACAAUUAGGAGACGUUGCAGUAAAACCAUUCCUCUAAUGACACUGACAAAGAUUAAAUAAACACUGGAAUAAUUAGGAGUAAAAAUUUGAACUUAAUUCAUGGACUUAUUUAUGAAAUCUGAAAACGUUGUGAAGUGUACGUAUUGACUGCUGAACCAAAGAGGAGUUUAUUUCUCAAUAUUAGAAUCACAGUAUAUCAGAAUGAGCAUUCUUAUACUUCAAUAGCCUCAAUGAAUUUAAACUUGGUUUAAUGUGUAAAUACUAUGUGAUAUUAGACUUGAGAUGGAAUUAAGAAACUAUGUGUACUAUUUAACCUCAUAAUGUGCAUAGAUGUGCUGUAAUGUAAAUGCUUUCUUCUUUUUGCCAAAUUCAAUAUUAUCAUUAUAUAUUUAUUUUCUAAAUGUAAUGAUUAAUAUUCAUCAAUUACUAGAGAGGCAAAGAGUGUGUCAUCUACCUUAUAGAAAUGAUGAUUCACACACACCGUACAUUCAAUAUUUUGUAAAUAUUUUCUGUUGUAAUGUACUCGAUCUGUUGAUGUAUUUUAUUUCUCGAUUUUGUGAUAUAAACUGUUACUACAUGUAUUUCCAAAAUUUGAAUAAUUAAUGUGCUUAUAAUGCAUUAUCCACGUUGUCAUGUUUGAUGUUACCAUGGUGAUUCUUGCAUGCUAUAACCUAUUUGACUCUUUAUACUACAUGUAUUUUAUAUAAGAAGAAUUUCUGUCAGCUUGUAAGCCACGUAAAAUUGCUCAAGUUAAAUUCAGUAUAAGACUUCUUCUAGAACCUGAUCAUCGUUAAUUUUUCUGUAAAAUAUUGCAUGUUUCAGAGUAUGUAUGCGAUACUAUUAAUUGGGUUUUUCAUCAAACUGCACAUCCUUUUUGUUAUCAAUAAAAACAAAGAAAAAUGAUUUCAGACUGUUGUUGUUACUGAUACUGCUGUAUAAAAGAGAAUAGAAUAAGGGAUUAUUGUAUGUCAUUAUUAAAGAUAAUAUUCUCCCAGGUAGGGUGGUGUAUUAAACCAUGGUCUCUGCCCUUUGUUCCAAUCUGGUAUUUAUUUGAACAGAACAUUAGUUCAUUCCUGCUUUAUGUUGAUUGAAGCCACAGCUAUU